CAAGGGGAUGGUGGUUUGCUUUGCGGCUCGCUUACAGGAGUAGCUGGGAUGGAAGCAGAUUCAAUGUUACUUGCAGAGGCUAUUAAGAAAAUAUCUGGUUCUUUGACAAGCGAAACUGAUGUUCUUUAUGUGGAAGAUGAUGAAUCCGAUGUCGUUGAUGCUACUGAGACAAACACUUGCAAUGGUGAUAUUCCAGAGUGGGCACAGGUUUUGGAACCUGUGAAAAAGCUUCCAACAAAUGUUGGGACUAGAAUCAGAAAGUGUGUUUAUGAAGCUUUAGAGAGAAAUCCACCAGAGUGGGCAAAGAAGAUAUUGGAGCAUUCCAUCAGUAAAGAAAUUUAUAAAGGCAAUGCUUCAGGACCAACAAAGAAAGCUGUCCUCUCAUUGCUAGCGGAUGUUCGAGGUGGAGAUUUGGUGCAGAGGUCUGUUAAAGGAACCAAAAAGCGGACACCCAUAGGUGUAUCUGAUCUCAUUAUGAAGAAAUGCCGGGCUGUAUUGCGUGGUGUUGCAGCCGCAGACGAGGAUAAAGUAUUCUGCACUUUGCUCGGGCGAAAGUUACUGAAUUCCAGUGAUAAUGAUGAUGACGGGCUCCUGGGAUCACCUGCCAUGGUUUCGCGGCCCUUAGACUUCAGAACUAUUGAUUUGAGAUUGGCUGCUGGUGCAUACAACGGAUCAACUGAAGCUUUUCUUGAGGAUGUUCUUGAGCUGUGGAGUAGUAUACGUGUUAUGUAUGCGGAUCAGCCCGAUUAUGUGGAACUGGUUGCAACUUUGUCUGAAAAAUUCAAGUCAUUAUACGAGGCUGAGGUUCUACCACUUGUUCAGAAACUUGUGGACUACAUGAAAUUGGAAUGCUUAAAUGCAGAGAUGAAGAAGGAAAUUAAGGAAAUAGUUGUUUCAGUAAAUAAACUUCCCAAGGCCCCGUGGGAUGAGGGGGUAUGUAAAGUAUGCGGCGUUGACAAAGAUGAUGACAGUGUUCUCUUGUGUGAUACAUGCGAUGCUGAGUAUCACACAUAUUGUUUAAAUCCACCUCUUAUCAGAAUUCCUGAUGGAAAUUGGUAUUGUCCAUCUUGUGUCAUUGCCAAGCGCAUGGCUCAAGAGGCUUUGGAAUCUUACAAACUAGUCAGGCGGCGAAAAGGUAGAAAGUAUCAGGGGGAACUCACCCGAGCCUCUAUGGAAAUGACUGCUCACCUGGCAGAUGUGAUGAAAGAAAAGGACUACUGGGAGUUCAGUGCUGAGGAGAGAAUCAUGCUGCUUAAGGUUCUAUGCGAUGAACUGCUCAGCUCAUCCCUUGUCCAUCAACACCUCGAGCAAUGUGCCGAAGCGAUAAUUGAAAUGCAGCAGAAAUUGCGCUCUCUUUCCUCAGAAUGGAAAAACGCAAAAAUGCGGCAAGAAUUCUUGAUGGCUAAACUCGCAAAGGUUGAACCUAGUAUUUUGAAGGAAGCAAGCGAACUACAUAAUUCAAGUCACUUUGCAGACCAUAUGGGAUGUGAUCAACGACCACAGGAGGGCGUUGUUGGAGACGGAGUUACUCAUGAUGAUGAGACUUCCUCUACUGCAUUUCUUAACAAAAAUCAAGGUAAAGCUCCACUUGAUACCGAUUCUCAACCUGGAGAUUUGCAUGUUAAUUCCGGUGCGAGCAAGAUUUCUUCCCCAGAAAAAAUUACAUCCCCUGUGAGGCAUGAGUUGCCUGUAGCAGAUACCUCUCCUCAUGUAACGGAUAUUAUGUCUUGUGAAAAAGAUACCUUGCACAAGUCCGUUGGAAGAAUUCACGAAACACAUUCUCUAAAUUCCAAUGCAGUGGAAUUGCAGACAGCUCAUGAUGCAUCUUCUCAGGCUUCUCAAGAGUUGCAGGCUUGUCAACAGGAUUUGAUUGCCACUAGUAAUGAUAUUCAGAAUCUGCAGCUAUCAAUCAGAAGUGUAGAGUCACAGCUUCUAAAGCAAUCUAUACGAAGAGACUUUCUGGGAAACGAUUCUAGCGGUCGUUUAUAUUGGGGUUGCUGCUUCCCAGAUGAAAAUCCGCGUAUACUGGUUGAUGGAAGCAUAUCUUUGCAAAAACCUGUUCAAGCCGAUUUGACGGGUUCAAGAGCCCCCUCUCCGUUUCUCCAUGCCAUUGACCAUGGAAGACUAACGCUUUCACCCUGGACAUAUUAUGAAACCGAAGCUGAGAUAAGCGAGCUCGUCCAAUGGCUUCAUGAUGAUGACCCGAAAGAAAGAGACCUGAGAGAGUCUAUUUUGUGCUGGAAAAGGUUACGAUUUGGGGACCUUCAAAAGGAAAAGAAAGAAGCUCAGAAUUUGUCUUUUCCUGUUUUGGCUAGGGGACUUGUGACCAAGGCUGCCAUGUCAAUGGAGAAGAGAUAUGGUUCAUGCAUCAAACUAGAGAUGGAAACGUUUAAAAAGCGGGGGAAGAAAACAAAGGUUGCGGAGCAAGAAAAUUUGUGUCGAUGCGAAUGCUUGGAAGCAAUUUUGCCAUCCAUGAUUCACUGCCUCAUAUGCCACAAAACAUUCGCAAGUGAUGAUGAAUUUGAGGACCACUCUGAGAGUAGGUGUAUUCCUUACUCAUUAGCAACUGAAGAAGCGAAGGAAAUCACUGAUUUUUCGAAAGCAAAAGAAAGUCUGAAAUCCGAUUAUCUUAAUGUUAAGUCUAGCGCCGGCAAAGAUGUCGCUGAAAUAUCCAAUGUUUCUGAACUUGAUUCUGGGUUGAUAAGAUAUCAAGAAGAAGAAUCUAUAUCCCCAUACCAUUUUGAGGAGAUCUGUUCCAAGUUUGUGACUAAGGAUUCCAACAGAGAUUUGGUUAAAGAUAUCGGUCUGAUCGGCUCAAAUGGCAUCGCAACAUUUCUUCCAUCGUCUAAUACUCAUCUUUACGACUCAGUGCUUAUCUCUGCCAAUUCCAGUAAGCUAGAUGGUGAUGAUUCAGGGGAUCAGGUCAUUUUUGCUGGUUCUGAAACCAAUGUUGAAGGCUUAAAUUCUGAAUCUAACAUGUCAUUCGAUAGAUCUUUUACACACGACCUUGGCGGUCCACCGAGUAAACCAAGCGGAAUGGGUUUUGGCUUCUCAGAGCUAAAGAUUAAGAAAUACUCAGGUAGUGGGUUGAAAAGCUGCUGUGUGGUUCCACAGGCUUCGUUGAAACGAAUAACUGGCAAGGCGUUGCCGGUUUUUAGGUUCCUAAAAACCAACUUGCUUGAUAUGGAUGUGGCACUACCUGAUGAAGCUUUAAGACCGUCGAAAUCGCAUCCAGACCGUAGAAGAGCUUGGCGUAUAUUUGUUAAAUCCGCGCAAAGCAUUUAUGAGUUGGUUCAGGCAACAAUUGUGCUAGAAGACAUGGUUAAGACAGGGUACUUGAAAAAUGCAUGGUGGUACUGGUCUUCCCUUUCAGCGGCUGCUAAAAUAUCGACUCUCUCGACGUUAUCUGUCCGUAUCUUCUCCCUUGAUGCAGCUAUUACGUACGAUAAACUCAUAACUCCAUCAGAUCCGAUGGAUGAAACAAAUCCGAUCAUCAGCUUACCAGACCAGAAGUCGCAACCGGUUUCAGAUUCACAAGAAAGAAGCAGCAGAGCAAACAGGCGAUCUGGUAAGAAGAGGAAAGAACCCGAGGUAUCAUAGUAACUUAUUUGAACCCACCGGAAAAGCUCAGCGGGCACAGCCUCGUGAGAAUGUGAACCGGAAAUGUGGAUUUUGUUUUUGUUCCGGUUGAGUCAAAGUGGAGCCAAUCUGUAUGUUGUAGAUAUAGGCAAUGUUUCUUCUAUCUAUAUAUCUGGAAGUGGACCUGUAAGUUGCGGAUGUUUUUGGUAGUUCAUCAUGACAGGAGAGGCCGAAGUCCGGUUCAUGGAAUGGAACGGCGGUAGAUGGCGGUUCAAGAGGUGAAUGAGCUUGAGAGAGUAUGUGUACACAUAAUAUGUAGAAGAAGACUGACUAAUGUGGAAUUAAUUAGUAUCAACUGAUGUUAGAACGGAAACACUUCAAUUCUUUAUAAAAUCUCUUUCUUAA